AUGGGCAAACGAAAACAUUCAAAAAUUGCUAAAGAAAAUCAUCAAGUUGAUAAUGAUGACCAAAUAGAAGAAGAGAAAAUAGUGGUUUUACCUCCUAAGGUAUCAACAAAAAAGAAGAAGAAAAAGAAGAGAAAGAAAACUUCUCAUGCAUCUAUCUCUUCAUCAUCAGUCUCGACAAUUAAUUCUGGUAAUUCUAUUGGAUCGGAAAUGAUUAAAAAAUGGAAUCAAAUUAUUAGUUUGCAAGAUACACUUCAAUUAAUAUUGGGUUUCAUUCCCGAUUAUUUAUUGGAAAGAACGAUGAGAUUUGUGAAUAGGGAUUUUUAUUUGGCUUCUUCUGUGGUUUUUAGAGAAUUGAAAACUUGUUUGAAACUUUCUAAAUUUAAUGGUGACGAGAAAAUAUUGGAGAGUUGGAAAAAGUUUAAAAAUCUGAAGAGUAUUGACUUGGAAUUUAAAUUAGGGCAUGAGGAGUUUAAUGCUUCUGGUAUGACAGAUUUUGGAAUUGAAACAUGUAUAAUUAACUUUACAAAUUCAGUAUUUUCAAAGCCUCUUGUGGGAACUAAAUGGGCUGAUACUUUGAGAUACUUAGAUAUUUGUAUCCAGCAUCAACAGUUUUGUCUAUUAUUUGAGUUGAGUUUACAUACCUUAAUAGUAGAACUCCAAGAAGAUAGUGAAAUAGAUCUAAAGAUAGGAAAAGAAGAAAAACCUCUAUUCAACAGUUUGACAUAUUUUAAUUAUUCUUUAUCAACAUUCAAUAAUAUGGAGGAAUUCAUCAAUAGACUUGUUAACCUUACAACGUUAAGGAGUGAUGAUGAAAUGAAUAUUGAGUUACUGAAACUACCAAAAAUUAAGAUGUAUGACUGCGCACAGUUUGAACUAGAAGGAAUACCAAAGGCAUUCCCAAGGUUGGAACACCUCAAAUCUUCCUCCUUUCUUUCAACAGCAGAUAUAUUACAAGCACUAACUCUAAAAACCUUAAAAACUUUAUCACUUAACGUAAACACAAGUUCAUUUGAUUUACUAUCAGACGCAAUUUUUAGCCUACCACUCCUAGAAAAACUAUCAUUGUUUAUCAACUUUAGUAGCUCAGAAAAUAAUGAUGUCAUUGCAUCAAAGCCAUUACCUUAUUUGAAAAAGGUCAAAUUGGUUCUUAUUGAUUAUGAUGAUGAAAUACCUCCAGUAUCUAUUAGUCAUUUCAAUCAAUGUGAAAAUAUUGAGAAAAUUAGUUUUUUAGAUGAAGCGCGACAAAUAUCAGUAGAUCUUAAUGAUUUUUCUCCUUUUUCCAAGCUGAAAAGUAUUCUAAUAACGUGUAAAUCUGUUUCUAAUUGGAAAAAUCCUGUAUCUACAUUAGAAAUUUUGUCCAUUACUACAGAAAAAGCAAGUAAUAUAACCCUGAUAGGACUCGAUAAAUUGAGAGAGAUAGAUUUUGUGUCAGAAAAUACGAGUAGUUUAGUUAAAUACUUUAAUCAUCAUGCACCUUGUGAUGGCCUUAAAAAAUUGAACAUUUCUGGAAAAGACAUUUUGAAAUACCCAUUCCCAUCAAAUCUGGAAAGUCUCACCAUUAGUAAUUUGGAACUCAAAGAAACUGAUGAUAAUUUUACCAACAUUUUAAAGAAACAAACUAAUCUUAGAAAAAUAGUAAUUGAAGAAUCCAAACUUGACCUUCUCUCAAUACUAGAAACAUUAACAUGCCUCAUUCAUCAAGUUACGAAAAUAUCCAUUGCUGGUAAAUCAUCCCCAACCCAUUCAGAAUCCAAAUACAUCACCAAUCUACUCAGAGUCCUCUCCAUUUUCGAUUCAAAGAGAAUAAUAUUGGAAUUAACUGAAUUCAGUUUAACAUUCUCUCAUCAAGGAACAAGAUAUCUCCGUUCUCAAAUCAAGUCUCGUUUAUUUGAAUAUUGGAAGUGA